CCACUUAUUCCAUCACCACCCACCACACAAGAAAAGCUAGGGUUAGGGUUUCGAUCACACCUCUCUCUCUCUCCCCGCAACUCUCUUUCUCCCUCUAGAAUCAACAACAGCAGCAACCAUGCCUAAGAACAAAGGUAAGGGAGGCAAAAACCGCAAGAGAGGCAAGAACGAGGCCGAUGAUGAGAAGCGCGAGCUGGUUUUCAAGGAAGACGGCCAAGAAUACGCUCAGGUCCUCCGAAUGCUCGGAAACGGUCGCUGCGAAGCCAUGUGCAUCGAUGGAACCAAGCGGCUCGGCCACAUCCGAGGCAAGAUGCACAAGAAGGUCUGGAUCGCAGCUGGCGAUAUCAUCCUCGUCGGACUCAGAGACUAUCAGGAUGAUAAGGCCGAUGUGAUUCUCAAAUACAUGCCUGAUGAAGCUAGGCUCUUGAAGGCUUACGGUGAAUUGCCAGAGAAUACGAGGCUCAAUGAGGGUAUUGCUGGUGGGCUCGAUGAGGAGGACGAUGGUGCUGGUGAUGAUUAUAUUGAGUUCGAGGAUGAGGAUAUUGACAAGAUCUGAAUUAUGGUUUGUGUUUGUUAAAUAAAUCAAUCGACUCCUCCCUUUUUUUUUCUUUUUUUCUUUUGGAUGUGUUAGUUAUGAUUGUGAUGAUGGUUUAUUAUGAGAUAUAUAGUUGAAAGGUUUGCUUAUUUAGUGUUGUUGUGAUAUGGGUUUGGGUUUCUUGGUUGAAUUUGAUUGAAUUUAUAGUAGAUUAGCCUAGAAUA